UUAAUUCCCUCCUUCGCCGCCACAACAAACUUCCCUCCCGCCUUUAGGUGCGGAGGUUCUAUUCGUAUCACGUGACAACGGAGAGAUGGCUUUUGCAUAAUCCUCCUCUCGGCGUUCUGUGUCUCACGUCACAGGCACAUAACCUAUUACGGCAUUGAGCGCUUGCUUGCGCUACGGUGGCCCCAUGGAUUCAGUUUGUUGCCUAGGCUACCCCUCAGCGGCUGCCCGGAACUUUCUUCUAACGGCUUCUCCCUUCGGAAAUUCCUCGUCCGCAGCAUCACUUGAUCAUUCCAAUGAUUUGGGAAUUUAAACCCUGUUGCUAACUAUGGCUCACCAGUUUUCAAGUGAAGAAGUAGAUGAAAAGUUUGAGCAGUUCUUGAAAGAGUCUGUUUCAGAUGAUUCACUUGGAAAUGAACCAAAUCAAAAAUGUAGUAUUCCUGAAUCAGUUGAGCAGGCUGGAAAUAAAAAGCUUCCUGUGCCAUGGUGGAUAACAGAAGAUGAUUCAGAUGAUGUUCCAAAGAAAAGCAAGUUUAUCAAACAAGGGAAUAAGAAGAAACUUACUGUGAGAAAAGGUGCAAUGGCUGAAGAUUGUGAAAAGAGGAUAUCGUUUUCAGAUAAUGAGCCCGGAAUGCAUGACACCAGCAGUAGCUUUCUGAAGUCACGAAGGCUUUCUCCUUCUAUUGUGGAAGUAGAUGAAGAUUUUGGAGAAGGCAUUCAGCUCCCACAGCUUCAUGGUGUUUCUGUCUCUUUAAGCAAAGAUAGUUUGGAAUCAAAUGAUUCAGUUGUUGCUUUGGGACCUAGUGAGAAUAUUUUGGGAGAUGGAUUGGAUACUUUGGAAGAAGAAGAAGAAAAGGAGAAGUUUUUUGCUGACCUUGAAAAAGGAGCAUCCUCUACUAUAGACUAUUCAAAAUUAAAUAAGGAGCUAGACUCUAAUAAUUCUGAAAUAUUGCACACAUUUUUACGCGGCCAGCCUCAGAUGAAACAAACAAAAGAAGAAAAUGGCAGUGAAUGUAAAAGUCAUGAAAAAUCUGGUGAUUAUAGUGAGGAUUUUGAAGAAAAUUCAGACUGUAGCGAAGACAACAAAACUGAACAGGUGGUGAUGUCUGAAGCUACUGAGGAAAGGACAGGCAUGCUGGCUAAAGUUCUUCUAGAUUCCCAGGACUCAGUUUUAGAAACUCCAAAAGCCAUUGAACAGCAGGAUGCAGCUGUGGCAGAUCAUAUAACUCAAGGAGUUACAGCAGAAGAAAUGAAUAGAACAGGUAUUUCCAGUGGGCAAACAAACAGCGACAUUGAAGCUUUGCAGCAAGCUUAUCGUCAUAUUGAACAGUCUUUAGGAGCUACAGAUGAACAGAACAUUCAUGAUGAUAAAAUGGAAGUGGAAGAGAGCUUAGUCAAUGACACAUCACAGAAUAAAGAAAGUUGCCCCCCAAAUACUUCCAUGACUAAUUCCGAUUUGGCCACCAUAGAAGAACUGAUGAAACCUAUCAGAGCAGAUUCAUCUUUCAUCAGGGGGUUUGAACUGGAGCCUGUUAGACAUGUGAAAGUCAAACAAGACCAGACAGAUGGAUUAAUGAAACCAUCUAAAGAACAUCAAAAUGAUAUUCUUAUGGAAUCCCAAAACAUUGGCUGUCUUUUAAACCAUCAUGGUGAACAAGAAAAUACUUCUGUUUUAGAAGUUGCUAAUGAAGGUAGUGAAGAUAGUCCUCAACAGAAAGUUAGCAAAGAGAAAUUAGCUGAUAAAAUUAAACAUGAUGUCAUGAAAUUAACCACUCUGUCAAAUUCUUCAACACUACAUCAAGAGAAGAAGUCUGGACAGAUGCAUCAACCCGACACUUGGAAUAAAGAGAAUCCAAAUUUAGUAGAAAGUAAACAAGUAAUGUGUAAGAAUAGUAAAAGCACAGUGGUCAUACAUAGAAAGAAGCAUUUGAGUGGAUCACAUAGCUCUGUUAGAAGCUCUGGAUAUGGGAAAUCCAAUUCUUCAUUAAAGCACUUUCCCACAGUUAAUGAGAAGACAUUAAAGGAAAGCAUCAAAAAACCACUUCUGAAAGUCAAAUCUCCUCCAAGACAGAAAGGCACAUCAGUGACUAAAGUAAUUCAGACAAAACCCCAUUCACUUUCUCCAAAAAGAAAUGAUUCUGCUAUCCCUGAACAACCAUCUCCAGGUAGAUUUCCACAGGAAGCUAAAGAAAAUGACAUCCAGGGUCACAAGGUAGCCCCAAAUUCUUCUUCAUUUCAUAGUGAAAGAGAGCUUUAUUUACUAAAAAGAGUUCAAGAAGCAGAGGAAAAAUUGACUGUAGCCAAUAUUUUGAUUGAACGUCUGAAAGCCACAUCUCUGCAAAAAGAGAAGGAAAUGGAGGCAAAACAUCUGGAAAGGCAACUGCAGCAAGAUAAAAAGCUUUCUCAAUUAAGCCAAGAAAAUUAUGUUCUUCAAACACAGCUAAAUAAUAGAAAAGACCUGAAAAAAGGAACAAAGUGGUCAAGUAUUCAAGAAAAAAAUCCUAACAAUGCAGAAAUGUUGAAAGAAAUUCAAAAAGAAGUCCAGAAUCAAGAAACUCUUCUCCAAGGAUACCACCAGGAGAAUGAAAGAUUAUAUAAGCAAGUUAAGGAGCUUCAACUAAAUAACAAGAAAAACGAGGAAAUUAUGUUUAAAGAAAAUCAGCAUUUGAUGACUCAAUUAGCAGCUUUACAGGAGAAGCUGGAGAAAAAUAAUGUUUUAUCAUGUGGAGUGCAGAAUGAUAAACCAUCUGAGAAUCAGAAUUUCACAGACUUGAUUUCAGAACUUCGAGCAGCCAAGGUUACAGAAACCAAUUUGCUUGAAGAGAGAAAGCAUCUAAAGCAAGAUAAACAAGCCCUUGAAGUUGAUUUGGCACAAAUAAAGAAGGAGCGAGAUUUGGCAAGAGCCCAGAUUGCUUCUGCUUCAGCUGAAAAAUCACAUGAAAUGAAGAUUAUGGAAGAGUCCUACAAAGGUGAAAUCAAACGCUUAGAAAAAAGACUCCAGUGGUAUGCAGAAAAUCAGGAACUCUUGGAUAAAGAUGCAGCUCGCCUUAGAGGAGCAAAAGAAGAAAUUGAUAAGCUGAAAGUAGAGGUUGAAAAACUUAGAAGUGAAACUGGGAAUCAAUCUGCCCAGCAAAGGACACGGCUAAAAAAUAGAACAGCAGAUGCUAAACGUAUUCAAGACCUUGAGCGACAGGUUAAGGAAAUGGAAGGGAUUCUGAAGAGACGACACCCUAAUUCUUUGCCAGCUUUGAUAUACGCUGCUGCUACAGCAGCUUCUGAGGGAGGCGGUGAUGGUUCAUCAAAAGUUAAUACAGUGGAUUUUCUUGAAAGAAGAGUUAAAAAGUUAGAAACUGAACUUGAGGGUAAAGACGAUGAAGCUAAAAAAAGUCUCCGUGCUAUGGAACAGCAGUUUCAAAAGAUAAAGCUUCAAUAUGAGAAAAGAAUUGGGGAGCUUGAACAACUGUUGGCAUAUAAGCUGCUGAAUGAGCCUCAGAAGCUUCAAGACAAAUCAUCCAGCCUUGAUCAGGAACUGUGCAGAGUCAAUGAAGCCCACCAAGAGACUAUUCAGAAUCUUCAGGCUGAAAUCAAUUCCCUUCGACGCCACAUAGCUCAGCUAGAAUCUCAGAUGAAUCCACGAGAGGAUGAUACAGAUCUGCAAUCACUAGAAUAUCAGGUGGAGCAGGCUCAUGCAAAAGCUCGGUUGGUCCGGCUCAAUCAGGAAAUGAUUGCCAAAAACCGGGAGAUACAAGACCUCACCAAAACUGUUGAAAGGCUUCAAAAAGAGAGGAGGAUUAUGCUCUCCAAUACAAAUUCAACAAGAAGAGUGGAUAAAAAAGGAACAUCUUCAGGAAUGCUGGAAAAAGGUUAUGUGAGUCCUGAGAAAAAGGACCCCAGGAAUCAAGGUUUUUUUCCUGAUAAUCUCAAAGAUAAAAUAUACCAGCCUGAUGCCUUUGCUGAUGCUCACAUUUCAGAAGUCCAACAAGAAAAUGCCCACCUGAAAGAAGAAUUAGAAAAGUUGAGACUCGAACUAAGCCAGGAAAGGAUAACAUCUCAAGUAGCUCUGGCAAAUUCUGAAGAUCUUACGAGACGGGCAAAAGAAGAGUUACAAGAACAUAUUGCUGCUCUUAAAGUAUCACACCAGAAGGAGCUGGAGAAGGUUCUUUGUCAGCAAGCAAUGGAAUAUUCUACUUCCAAAGCAGCAGAACUGAACAGCAAGAUUUCAGCUCAAGAGAUCCUUAUUAAUUACCUUCAGCAGCAAGUUCAUGAGCUGCAAAAGGAGGAGGGAGCCCUUGCAGUUUCACAAAGGAGGGAGGCCAUUCUUCAGAAGGAGAUGGCAAAGUUGUUGGAAGAACUCAAAGAAGCUAGAGAGCGUCAGAGUCCUGAGAUGAAACACUUUUCAUGUCUGGAACGAAAAAUAAAACAAUUGGAAACCAGUUAUGAACAGAGAGAGCAAGAACUUCAGCAGGUAAUACAACAAACGCGAUAUAAUGCAGAAGUUGAACAGAUUCAGGAAACUGAGAAAUGGAAGAAACUUGCUCUGUUGAAGAACCAAGAACUGGAGAAAUUUCGCAUUGAACUAGAUUCAAUGUUAGAUGUUCUACGGCAGUUGCAGAAACAAGGUGUUGUUAUAUCAACAGGUAGCUCAAAUAUGCCAGAAAACUAUUGGAAGAUUUGAACAUCUGAGUCAAUCAGAGACUGAAAGCUCAAAUAAAAAUAGAAAUAACCUGAAAUUCUGUAAAGGUCACUGGUUAGUGUUUUUGACUAUGUCCAGAUUUCUGCUGUAUAAAUGGAAUUAAAUCUAGAAUAUGAACCUGAUUUUUUAUCUUUUAAAAAUU